AUGGCCGCAGCGUCGGCGCAAGAGAUCGAGACGGAGGAAGAGGAAGAGGAGGAGGAGGAGGCGGAGACCAAGGUCCUGCACGUGGCCUUGCCGACUGGACAGCACCAUCAUGAAGAGGAAGAGGUGCAAUUGCGCUUUCCUAUGGAUGGGCAUGAGGUUGUUGUGCCCGUGACUUUGCACGCACGCUUGAAUGUGGCUGACACGGCGCGAGCCCUGGUUGACGAGCAUCACCUUCCCCAAUACCUCGAGCCGUCUGUCGUGAGCCUGCUUCAAUCAGCCAUGGAGACCUUUCAGCAAAAGGCACUCGACGCGCGCGACGACAAGCUGGCAGAGGCUGCCGCAGGCAAGACGGAUAGCAUGAUUGACAUACUGGCUCAAUGGCGUGCGGCAUACUCGGCCGAGUGGGCGCACUACCGCUUAGCCGAUCACCUGCAAGCCACCGAGCGCUUUGAAUCUAGUUUUGGCGCAGCAGCCCCGGAACCCGAUUUCCACGAGGUCUUUCAUGAGGCCAUUCAUUCUGAACUGCUGCAACCUCUGCUGGAGAUGGAGACUGCCAUGUCCGACAACAUUGCCGAGAUGAUUCAUGACCGUGACCGCGCCUUGCAAAAGUCAGAGGAGGAGCAUGCCUCUCAGCUUCAGCGGCUCAUGGAUCGCCUCGGAGAUGAUGUCACAGACCGAGAUAUCAAUGCCACGGCAAGCCGCCACGUCUACGAGCGCGAGAUGCAUGUGGCCAACCUCGAGUCGGAGAUUCGCGCCCAGCGUCUUGCACAGAAGCAAGGUUAUCAAGACUAUGUUCGAGAGUUACACAGGGACAUGAAACAAGGCAAACUGCCGGCCCCUGCAUCACGACCGUCGCCCUUGUCUCCGCAAACAUCACCACAACCGACCAGGCGUGACACGACAGGAAGUGUCGGAGGUCGUGGAAACAAGAACCUAUUCAAUUCGGUGCUCAAGUUUGGGCGUUCUGUGGGCAAUGUGCUCAAGCCCGGUGGACCUGGAAGCCCGGUAGGCGAUGAGCCUCGUGCCAGCAUGGAGUUUGCCAGUGAAGAAUCACACGUGCAGGCACCACCCGUGAUUGAAUCCUUCACUGUGGUCUUGGGGACGCAAAUGAAGAUUGUCCAUAACCUUCGACUCAUGUCUGCACUCUCUGCCCUGGUUCUUCCCGUGGAUCAGAAGCUCAGCAGCCACACAGGACAAAAGCGCCGUUUUGCCUCUGUGUGCGAACAGGUGCGCCGACGAACCAUGGACCCGGUUUCUCUGUGCGUGCUGCUCAUCAUGCUUCAUGUCGCCACUACUGCCCGCAAAUUGGCUGCUGAUUUGCACUUUGAAGAGCUUGACGAGCAGAUUGAGACUUUGCGGGAUGACAUGAUGGCCUCCCGCGUCUCCAAGCCCUCUUCGCCUGUGCGUGGGGGUGACAUCCUUCUUAAGCCCGGAGAUUGCUACAUUACACGGCAUUCGAACCUGGCCGACACGCACGUUGCCUUUCAUCUUGUGGUCAACGAUGACGUCUUAAGCACCCAACUCAACACUCAGCACCGCAUCAUGACAGGCCUGCGCAACAUCUUCCGCAGCGUUUUCCAGAAUAACAUCAAUACAUUGACGCUACCCCUAUUCUUGACCUUGGACUUGCCUGAGGCGGCAGAUCGGCGCUGGAUGCUUCAGCGUGCCGAGCUUGUUCUCAAGACCAUCAAGGGUUAUAUCAUGGAGAACACAGCCUGGGGUCGCAUGGAGUCUAAAACGAUCCAGCUUGUCCUACCUCAGGGCCACGUUGACGAGAUGGCACAUGUCGCAUCCCUGGUCGAGAGCAUCUUCCGCCAGACCCGGGCUGUUUAA